GUCUACCUGCCCGUUUGCCUCGUUCUGUGCCCUGUCUCAGUUCUGCUGGAGUUCCUCUCUGGUCUCGUCCGUGGAUUCACUGUGUUCCUCAGCUACAGAGUGAAGAGAACCAGAACUCUUCCUUCACUCCUGAUCAGAGACAAACUGAGGUAAGUUGCUGAACACUCUGAUCUUUUAGUCCACAGCUUCUAUGUUUCAGUGUUCAUGUGAUAGUGAAGAUAUUGAGUUUAUGAACAUUAUUGCAUGAUUUGAGUUUUAGAAUUAUUUGCUUGUGUUUAUUGUUUUUGUGUUUGUUUCAUCUGUUUAAUACGUUUUAUGCACUUUAACAGAGUUCUGAAGAGUUGAAGCUAUUUUGAGCUCAGGAAAUAUCUCAAGUAAUAACUUCAUGAGUGUUUCAUGUAAAGAGGGUAUCAAACUCUCCUGUGAAGCUCUUCUUGUGUCAAUGAUUGUAUUUUUGUACAAACGAUUGCAGUAAAGUUCUUGCUGAGGAACAACCAUCACAUCACUCUCGUGAUUAUUUAUCCCCAUUUUUCAGCGGGUGUAACGCAUACAUCCAGUUACACAACGCACUCUAUUAUGUAUUACUGUGUAUUGUUUAAGACUGUUGAAGUUAGAUUUGUUCAAUAUUCAGUCUACAUUGGUGACUUCUCUUUGCUGAUCACUGCAGCUUUGUCCUACUUGUGAUUGUAGUCUCAUGCUAUGAAAUCAACGGCUAUUGAGGGAAUGUUUCAUUUAGAAAAAUACAUUUAUCUCAAUGCAAUCUCUGAACUUUGUGUAUUAUAAUAUUUACUUUUUGUGUGCAUGAUUAGAUUUGUGUGAGUGUAUAUUUACUGCUAUUCCCCAAAACACAAUAGUACAAUGAUUUCUGUAUUUCUUUAUUUUUCUAGGAGAGCUAUGGAGAAGUUUGAAGAAGAAGUUAAAGAACUUAUCCAAACCAGGGGACCUGCCGAGGCAGCUGCAAAGAUCAAGGCUUAUUUGGAUGAGAAGAAGAAUGUUCCAGUAAAUAUUGGCAUCACAGGAGAGUCCGGCGCUGGUAAAUCCACCUUUGUUAAUGCCUUUAGAGGCUUAGAUGACGGGGAUAAGGGAGCCGCCCCCACUGGUGUUGUAGAAACCACCUCAGUGGUUACAUCAUACCCCCAUCCACAACAUCCCAAUGUUGUAUUUUGGGAUCUUCCUGGUAUUGGCACCACCAAAUUUCCAGCUGACAAGUACCUGAAGCUUGUUGGAUUCGAAAAGUUUGACUUCUUCAUCAUCAUCUCAGCCACUCGCUUCAGAGAAAAUGAUACGAAGCUCGCUGAAGAGAUUCAAAAAAUGGAGAAAAAGUUCUACUUCGUCCGCUCGAAGAUUGACGAUGACAUACGUAACGAAAAAAGAGGUCAGAAGUCAGCGUUCAACGAAGAACAGACUCUGAACAAAAUCAGGGAAAACUGCAUUCAAGGUGUUAAGUCUCAACAAGUCUUCCUGGUGUCCAGCGUUGAGCUCCACCUGUACGAUUUCCGUCUGUUGGAGGAGACCCUGAGGAGAGAACUUCCUGCACACAAGAGACAUGCUCUACUGUUGGCUGUACCCAACAUCAGUCUUGGGAUCAUCAGCAAGAAGAAAGAGGCUUUACAGUCACAAAUAAAGUGGCAUGCUACAAUGGCUGCAGGCAUGGCAGCUGUACCAAUUCCUGGGCUCUCUUUAGUCGUUGAUGUAGCCGUGCUGGUUUCUGUCGUCGGAGGCUACCAAGUUACUUUUGGUCUUGACAGCUCUUCACUGGAGAAUCUUGCUGAUCGUGCAGGUGUGCCUUUGAAUGAUCUCAAAGCAGUGAUAACAUCCCCUUUAGCUGGAAAUGAAAUCAGCAGAGAUCUUAUCAUUAAGCUACUGACCUCAUCUGUGGGUGACGCUGCAUUAACGGCAGUAGAGGCAUUUUUUAUAGGUAUUCCAAUAUUGGGAAUCCCAGCAGCAAUUACCGCCACCAACAGAGCUUUGAAUGCUUUCCUCACCAUGAUUGCUGAGGAUGCACAGAGGGUGUUUAAAAAGGCCCUGGGUUUGAACACCCCAGUCUGAUACCAUGGGAAUGGAAAUAUGAAACAUGUGAAACUGUUGGUGUACAAUGCAAAUGAGCUUCUGAAUUAUUUGUGAGAGUGCACUAUAAUAUUAUUGUAGUAAAAGCACUGCAGACAAAUCAUAGUUUUCUAACCGUGUCGCACAUUUAACCAAAACACAAAUCAGAAAUUGUGGCGCUUACUUUCGCUUAAUGAGCUGAAAUUUGUGAUUUCUUAAUGAUGGAAACCCAGUUCUUCCAUGAUGAGUUCUCCGUGUCGAGUUCCAGAAGUUUGUACAAACACACAGAACAUCCUUGUCGUUCACUACCAUCUAGUGGACAUAUCCCUUACAUUACCAUUAGGUUUUUCUAAAUGACAGCCUCAGUGAAAAGGUACGUUUGAAUAAUUAUUAAAUGUUUGUUCUCAUGGAUAUGAGUUAUUCUUCUAUCCACAAAGGACUGGGCUGUUGUGACUGUCAUUGCAUCUUACUGGAGAUUCCACUGAUUCCCUCUACUCUGCAAAGAACCUGAUUCAAACCUCAUCAGCAUUUUAAAGUGACAGACGUCGUCUGUUACAGUGGCAAGAACCACCCGUCGUUCUAAUGCUCAACAACAUGCGGACAUGGUAUGUGACAGAUGGUACACAUCUUGUGUUGGCUAGUUUAACAGUGUGAGGAGGAGGAGCAGGAAGUGGGAGUGGCCUGGCUUGAUCAGAGCAUAUAUGGGGGAAUGAGUUCUGCCAACAAUUGUAUGUAAAUGUGGGUUUCCUUGCUCUGAGUACAUUUGUUUGCAGUACCUUGAUGCUUGAGUUAUUUAUGUUCAGUUACAAUGACGAACAUUGUGUUAAUCCUCCUCAGUUAUAAGUUUGUCAGAUAUUUUCUCUCGAUGUAUUACAUUUAGUGUAUGAUGAUGUAUGUUUUCAUUUAGAUAAAACCUGCACUGUUUGUGCCGUCCUCACCUGCCCCACCAUCUGUUGUCUAUCAAUAAAUCUCAAUGGAAGUGGACUCUACGGGUGUUUCAUUUACUGCGUCGUGUGGAAAUAUCUGUCUCGACAAACUUCUUACAGCAAAGAAGUACAUUACACCUUAACCUUCCCAACUGCAGUAUAAACAGCAACACUGACUGCACAUCUAGUUGAAGCAUCAGAUUCUGGAGGAAGCAGCCGGCACAGGAACAACACCUGGCAUUGUUUGAAAUGGUUACAUAAAGACACCCAACUGGUGAGGAGGAGCAGAGU